CCGUCGUGCACUCUCCCAACGCCGCACGCACUCAGCUUCUACGACCAAACAUGCGACGACGGCGCGUCUGCACAGCCUCGACCCGCGUGACAGCCUCGCUGCUGCUGUCCUUCCUCGCUGCGGCCAGUGCGCUCCAACUACCGCCCAUCCUAGUGCCACCGACAUCGCCGCAACCCUCCGCCGAGGCAGUCAAGGAGUUCUCGCUCAAACACAUCUUCCACCAUGGCACCUACAGAUACCCGCAGCUCCACAGGCGGCUUGACGUUCCCGAGAAGGCGGCAGUAUGGAUGGUCGAGGACGACAGCACCGAGCGGGAGGCUGUCCCUCCGCUCGCAAUCAAGUCGGAGGCCGUGACCAUUCAACGGCUGAAGGACCGGAGCAAAGAGACAAUAGACGGCAUCUUGCACUGGGGCAGAACCACCGGCCAGCCCGUGCGCCUGGCAGCGGAUGACUGGACGGUGGACGAGAUCGCAGGUCCCAAUGUGACGGACAAGGACAGUGUUCUCACAUUUGCGCGCAUGGCCGCAAAUGCCUAUAUAAUGGAGCCAAACACCGGCGAGUGGGAAGACGUAAAAGGCGGAUUCAAUUACACACAAGAUUUCGGCUGGCAGCAAGACGGUCUGCGCGGGCACAUCUUUGCUGAUACCAAGAACGAGACGGUGGUCAUUGGACUCAAGGGGACCACACCCGCGCUCUUCGACGGCACCGAGACGACCACGAACGAUAAGAUCAACGACAACUUGUUCUUCAGCUGCUGCUGCGGACAAGGCGGCCAGUAUCUCUGGCGUCAAGUAUGCGACUGCCAGACCUCGGUGUACACCUGCAACUCCACGUGCUUAGUCGGCGCACUGAGAGAGAAGAACAGGUACUACUACGCUGCUCGUGAUCUCUAUCACAACGUAACGGCACUGUACCCCAACGCCGAGGUCUGGAUGGCAGGACACUCGCUGGGAGGUGCCGUGUCCUCUUUCAUAGGCCUGACGUACGGCCAUCCCGCCAUCACGUUCGAAGCAGUCCCCGACGCCAUGCCAGCGGCUCGCCUAGGUCUCCCAGUUCCCCCAGGCCACGAGGUUGGCUCCAUGCAGAAGCGCGAGAUGACAGCCGUCCACCACUUCGGCCACACCGCCGACCCCAUCUUCAUGGGCAGCUGCAACCAAGCCGGUAGCAUGUGCACGUUGGGCGGCUACGCGAUGGAAAGCGUGUGCCACACAGGGAAAAAGUGUGUCUACGACACCGUCGCCGACCUCGGCUGGCGCGUCGGCAUCGGCACGCACAAGAUCGUCAACGUCAUCAAGCAGGUGCUCGAGAAGUACGACAAGCCCGCCAAGUGCGAGCAGUACGUCGAUUGCACGGACUGCUUCAACUGGGAGUUCUUCGAGAGCAAUGGCACGGAGCCUACGACGUCCUUCACCGUGCCUACCACAACUUCCACGUCCACAUCCACGAGGAAGAGGACCGAGACGUGCAAAACGCCGGGGUGGUUCGGGUGUCUCGAUGAGAGCACCACCACCACUGAGACGACGACGACGAGCAAGCACAAGAAGACGUCCAGUACAGCCACAUCGACAUCCACCUGCAAAACGCCCGGCUGGUUCGGCUGCCUCGACGAUGACGAGCCCACCACCACACACUCCACGGCUAAACCUUCACCCACCCACGCGCCAAGCGCAACAACCACUUCUUCACCUCCUUCAUCAACUUCAGCCCCGACUUGCAGACACUACGGCUUCUUCGGCGACUGUCUCGACCGCACCACCGCUCCUUCAUCUCGAAAACCCAAGCACACACCGACCUCAGCGCAUAGCUGCAAGCGCUAUGGCUUCUUCGGCGAGUGUCUCGAUCCCACGACUACGCCGUCCACAUCCACGGAAGCAAAGCACAGGCAUACGCAUACGGCCAAGCCUACAUCCGCGUCUUCGACGACGUGCACGCACAAGGGGUUCUUUGGGCUGAUUUGCUUUGACGAGAGUGCGGGGUCGAAGACGCGGGGACCGGGGGAGGCGCUGGUCACGGAGAGGAUGGAGAUGUAAGAGGCACGCGUUUGUCGGGUUAGAAGGGGGACUAAGGAAGGUUAAUGAGGGACGGAGCUCAUGUUUAUCUUCUCGUACAUGCCAUUUCCGUCGCGUCUGGGUUUUUGUUUUGUAAAUAGCGGUAACGGUACGAUAUCCUGGCGUUUGAGAGCAUUGCUGGUGUUCUGUCGCAAUGGUGGACACGAUAUGACGCACAUGAGUUGCAUGAAUAAGAUAUAAUCACACUCACGUUGUUUGAAACUCG